AUGAUCAACGAUACGUCGUCUGAACGGCAUCAUUUAAGGCACAAACACAUGGUGUCAGAUGAGAAAAUACAGAAUACAGCGAACGGUGAAACGGAUUCUCUUGAUCCAUAUGAAAUGGAAUCCCGAAUGAGAGCACAAAUCGAGAGAAAUAAUGAGUGGAUUGAAAAGAUGUCUCCAAUUGUGAAAUACAAGAUUCAGGAAUAUAUUCGAAAGCAGCGAGCAAAGAAGAUGCAGAGAAGAAAAUUUUCAUUGGCAUGUGGACUCAAUCAUCGUAUCAAACAAGAACCAAUGCCACCACCGUCAUCAACUUCUUCCUCGAGAAGGCGCCAAAAGAAACAUGGAGAAUCUACAUCAAAGCAUCGGCAUAUGUCAUCAACUCCAGUUUUGGAGCGAAAUCUGAGUCAACCGGAUAUGUCAGAUCCUCGUAAGAGUGCAUCUGUUUCGAAUAGAAGAAAAUCAGCUCCAGCUAAUAAAAUGGAUAUGAGAGAUUUGGAUGAUUUGGAAUAA